AUGUUGAAGUUUUUAAGUAAAAUGCUGAAAGCCAUUUUUCAAUGCUAUUCAUAUACUGUUUUAUCUGAAGGUUUUUAUCUAUAUAUGCGACCCUAGUGAGGAUGAGCAGUCUAGAAAAUGGAUGGAUGGAUGGAUGUUUUAUCAAGUGGAGGAAAAGUGACAGUAUUUCUUAUUUAAGUAUAUGCAUCAUCAUAUGCAAAUUUUGGUCAUUUCCAAAUAUCCCCAAUUUUUAUUUCUAAAUCACAUUCCAGAUGAUGAAUUCCUCAUAUCUUUAUGUAGGCCUUCUCCUUGAACAAGCAAAAUGAACUGCUCUGCAAUUUAGCACGUUUGGCAGAUGCAAUUCUGGGUGUGCCCACUUGUAGAUCAGCUUCCAAAUCUGUUUGCGUAAGCAAUCAAGUUUGCACCCGUUUCUGUCCGUGCAAAGCUUUAGUAAAUUAGGCCCAUAUUUUUGAUCUUAACUUUCUGCCAAGAAUAAUGAAAAUCCGUGAAUAAUUGACACAGCCACUUAAAUGGGGAGAGGUGUUUGUAAUUGCAUAUAGAUGCCACAAGAUAGGAUCAUAAAGCAUCAAUACCAUGUAUAUAGCAUGUACACAAUCAUGAACUCAUGUUACAUAAACGACUAUUCAGUAGUUAGGUGAUUCAACACAAACAAACUACCUUGACCUGAGGCUCAUAUAGUAUUAAAACAGGACCCCCAAUGGACCCCUGCAGUUUGCCUACCAAGGUCAUGGACGAUACAGUCUACAUGGGACUGUACUUCAUCCUGGGACACUUGAUGGUGUAGGGAUCCUGAGACAACAGGUGAGGCUGGGGGCAACCACCUCAUCCACACGCACCAUCAGGAACGGGACCCCUCAAGGAUGAGUCCUCUCUCUGCUGCUCUGCACUCUCUACAGAAACGACUGCACCUGAGCACACCGAGAGGCAGGGUACACCCUGAACUGGUCGCCAGGGAAUCCCAGGGCACAAACAACCAUUCGCACUCGCAUUCACACCUACGGGCAAUUUAGAGUCAUCAAUUAACCUACCAUUCAUGUUAUGGGAUGUGGGAAGAGACCAGAGUACCCGGAGAAAACCCAUGCAGGCACAGGGAGAACAUGCAAACUCCACACAGAUAAAGAGAUCACUGAUCCUUAAUCACGAGCACCGUCAACGAGGCGAAAACAACCGACUCCCUCUCUUUUCCCCUCCUCGGGACCCUCAGUCUCUCUCACAACCCCAGUUCUUUACCAUUCUCUGGCUGCCCAUCUUCCUACCCUCAACCAUGGCUCCGACGCUGGCCACGGCGUUCGCCCGCCGCUGGUGGAUGGCAGUGACUUCUAUCAUUGAGAAUCUCCUCUUUUCUGCUGUGCUCUUGGGAUGGGGAUCACUCCUCAUUAUGCUUAAGUCAGAGGGCUUCUACUCAUACCUAUGCAGCGACAAAGGUAACAGCUCCAGCUACAAUCUGUCCCUGGAGACAACACAGGUGCCCGCCGAGUACUUUGACUACUAUGAAGAUAGCGAGGGGCCCAUGGUGGCCCUGGGGGACGGAGUGGAGAUGAAGCCCCUGGUCCCGGCGGACGGGCUUCUGAAGAUGAAUGGCUGGCUAAUUUGUAAGGAGCAGGAUGAGAUGUUGAACCUGGCCUUCACUGUGGGCUCAUUCCUCCUCUCUGCCAUCACACUACCACUGGGAAUUGUCAUGGACAAAUAUGGACCUCGGAAACUCCGACUGUUGGGCAGCACAUGCUUUGGCUUGUCUUGUCUGUUCAUUGCUUAUGGAGCCUACCAACCCAACGAACUCUCAGUCCUUAUCUUUAUCGCGCUGACUUUCAAUGGCUUUGGUGGCAUGUGCAUGACCUUCACCUCCCUCACGUUGCCUAACAUGUUUGGAGAUCUGCGUUCCACCUUUAUCGCCCUGAUGAUUGGCUCCUAUGCUUCCUCUGCUGUCACCUUCCCUGGCGUCAAGGUGAUCUAUGACUUUGGCGUACCAUUCAUUACUAUUCUGGUGGUGUGGGCAGCCUGUGCUGGAAUUGUCUUCCUAAACUGCUUCUUCAACUGGCCCCUGGAACCCUUCCCAGGAGCAGGGGACAUGGACUACACUGUCAAGAUAAAGUUCAGCUGGCUGGGCUUUGACCACAAAAUCACAGGCAAACAGUUCUACCGCCAAGUGACCACAGUGGGCCGUCGUCUAAGUGUGGGCAACAGUCUGGUGCAGAAAGAUUUGCCCACCAAGGAGGGCAAGCUCUGCCUUUCCACCAUGGACCUGGAGUUAGACGGAAAGCCUAAAGAAGAGUCCCAGUCAUUCAUGAAGACCAUCAUCACCCCCAUCUUCCUGCUCAGCCUGGUGACCAUGUCGGUCACUCAGCUGCGUCUCUUGUUCUACAUGGGAGCCAUGAAUAGCGUGCUGGAGGUGCUAAGUGAUGGUGAUCUCAACACAGUGGAAAGAAUGGAACUUGUGAGUUUGUACUCGUCCAUCUUCGGUGUUCUUCAGCUGCUUUGCCUCAUGACCAGUCCUGUGAUUGGUCAGAUCAUGGACUGGAAGUUGAAGGCGUGUGACAACGGAGAGGAAUCAAAGGAUUUGUGCAGCAAGGAUGAACCAAAGAAAAAGCAAAGAGACAAAAAGACCCAGAAGGUGACCAACGCCCUGCGAGCAUUUCUGCUUACGAAUGUCCUUUUGGUGGGCUUCGGGAUCACUUGUCUGAUACCCAACCUCCCUCUCCAGAUUGUGUCAUUUAUCUUGCACACUGUGGUGAGAGGAUUCCUUCACUCGGCUGUCGGUGGCCUUUACGCUGCUGUGUACCCCUCCUCGCAGUUUGGCAGUCUAACAGGCAUGCAGUCACUAGUCAGUGCUGUCUUUGGUCUGCUGCAGCAGCCCCUCUUUUUGGCUAUGAUGGGACCCCUGGAGGGAGACCCAUUCUGGGUCAAUAUCGGCCUGCUCGCUCUCAGCAUGCUGGGCUUCCUGCUGCCUCUCUACCUGGUUUGCUACAGACACAUGCUCCACAAAGAGCGGCACGAGAAGGAGAAUAACGUCAAGAUCUACAUCAAAAUUAACGGAUCUGACAUCCCAGAGGCCUUUGUUUAAUUACAGAGAGCAACCACAACACGAUUGAAGAAUGAAGAGAAACAUCUGAGUGGUGCAGCAUGCAAACUGAUAAAUCCUCUUUAGCGAUGCCAUUCUUAUAGGACUAAUGUGUAUUGAGCAUGCAAACACACCACCAUCCUCUUAUUUAAAGUUUGUGCUGUGGAAGUCUACCAGAAAACUGUGAAAAGGAUAAACGAAGCGGAAGAGGAAAGACUGUGAAAGGAAAGAGGCAUCGGCACUCUGUAUUCCCCCAGUCCUCGACUUGGUUUUGCCAUUUUGUCACAAUAUUCCACAUUAUAAAAGCUUGUUUUGUCCAGUGAAACUGCUUAACUUUAAUGCUUAAACUCUCUUUAACUACCUUUGUGAGUGAUUAUGGGGGAGUAUAAGGGCCACAAAAACUACUUUGAGAAAGCUGUAAUGUUACAAGAAAAAACAUCAGCACAUUACAAAAAACUAAACAAUUUUUCAUUGUAAUUUUAUGAAACUUGUAACUACACAACUUCACACUCUGAAAUAGUUUUUAACAAAUAUUGAAUGAUAUUAACCACAUUUUGACAAUUGCCUUUCAAAACUUUAGACACAGUUUUAAAUUUCAGAUUUUCUUUUUCUCAUGAUAUUUUGACUUUUUUCUCAGAAUUGUACUACUGCUGUUUCAUUGUGACCCCAAUACUCCUUUGUAAGGAAUUGCACAAUUGUUUUGUUCUUCGAUUCAGAGUUUAGGAAGAUUUAAAUUUUAAGACCAUUCGCAUUCAAUUUUAAUUUGACUGAGGAUGUAAGGUCAGUCUGAACUACUGUAUGUCUUUCAUUUAUGUAUAGACCCUUUUUUUCGUGUUUCUUUGGUAAUCUUUUGCCUAUUGGUCUACCUUUCCCACAUUUAAGUGGCUUACAUUGUUUUCAAGUAAGUACAGUACUGUAGAUGUAUGUCUUUAAGGCUUGUUUUACAAAGGACAUCACGCAAGCUGCAUUAUUGGUAUUGCUAAAAGCAAAGUAACCAUUUAAAUAUUUAUUUUGUAUCCUUUUUUUUUGUACUUUGUCUACCAGACGUGCCUUUUGAAUAUUAAUAAAGAUAGUAUAUACAA